CACACAUGAAGCAACACAGGUAGAGAGCGGUUCAAAGUUUGCUGCUAGUUCAAAAUCUCAUGCAUGUCCUGCACGGUGACUUUAUUUGUCUGUCAGAGUUUCGUCAAAGUGCCGACAGAAAACAUAGAAGACAAGGAGAGCGAGAUUCGGCCUUGGCGCUGAGCAGAGAGGAGAGGAUGCUGCAGGAGACCAGUGUUCGAGUAAGUCCGACCUGAUCGCUCCAUCCCCUCCCCCCGCCGCUCCUCCACAAUCCCAGGAUGCUCUGCCCCUGUCGAGGGAAGCUGAAGUUGCUGGUGGUGUCUCUGAGUUCGUCAUCCUGUUUCACCUGGCUUUACCUGCUCGUGGGGAACUCGGAAAACGGACGUUCGCUGUUCCUCUCUGCAUGUUUGGUGGAGUCUACUGAAGCGCGGCUGCUGGAACGGGACGUCCUGGCAUCACGAGUUCGAGAAGUGGAGGAGGAGAACCGCCAGAUCCGUCUCCAGCUCAGCCAAUCACAGGGUUUGGCCGGCCAGCCUGCAGAGGGGAACUAUGGGAACCAACAGUGGGUGGCAUCAGCAGACACCGGUCCAGAGGAUGUGGAGAACACAGCUGAGGAGCGGGCAAACCACAGCGAGUGCUCACGCUCGCCCACUGCCGAGAAGUGUGAGUUGCUCCAUGUGGCAUGUGUGUGUGCGGGUCACAACGCCAGUCGAGACGUGGUCACUCUGGUCAAAUCCAUCCUGUUCCACAGGAGAAACCCACUGCACUUUCAUUUCAUCACAGAUACGGUGGCCAAUCAGAUCCUCAGCACUCUGUUCCAGUCAUGGAUGGUGCCGUCCGUACAAGUCAGCUUCUAUGACGCUGAUGAACUCAAAUCGGAGGUGUCGUGGAUACCAAACAAACACUAUUCAGGAAUUUAUGGCCUGAUGAAGCUCACACUCACCAAAGCUCUGCCAUCCAACCUUUCGAAGGUCAUCGUUCUUGAUACGGACAUCACCUUCGCCACGGACAUCGCCGAGCUGUGGGCCAUUUUCCGCAAAUUCACUGAGAAACAGGUGAUUGGUCUGGUGGAGAAUCAGAGCGACUGGUACCUGGGCAAUCUGUGGAAAAAUCAACCCUGGCCAGCCCUGGGACGAGGCUUUAACACCGGUGUGAUUUUACUGUACCUGGAGAGGCUGCGGCGGAUGGGCUGGGAACAGAUGUGGAGACUGACAGCAGAGAGAGAGCUGAUGAGCAUGCUUUCCACAUCCCUCGCAGAUCAGGAUAUAUUCAACGCUUUCAUCAAACAGAACCCGGUGCUAGUGCAUCAGCUUCCGUGUUUCUGGAACGUUCAGUUAUCAGAUCACACUCGCUCUGAACAGUGUUACACUGAAGUGUCCGAUCUAAAGGUCAUUCACUGGAACUCUCCUAAAAAGCUGAGGGUGAAAAACAAGCAUGUGGAGUUUUUCCGAAAUCUUUACUUGACGUUCCUGGAGUAUGAUGGGAAUCUUCUGCGACGGGAGCUGUUCGGAUGUCCCAGUCAAGCCAGCUCAGAGAGCACAGUGCUCCAGCAAGCUCUAGAGGAGUUAGAUGAGGACGACCAGUGCUAUGACUUCCGGAGGGAGCGGAUCAUGCUGCACAGGGUACACCUCUACUUUCUGCAGUACGAAUACAGUCCUGCAGAUGAUGGCACGGACAUCACGCUGGUCGCUCAGCUCUCCAUGGACAGACUGCAGAUGCUGGAGGCCAUCUGCAAACACUGGGAAGGCCCCAUUAGUUUGGCCCUGUACAUGUCGGACGCUGAGGCCCAGCAGUUUCUGCGGUACGCUCAGGCCUCCGAAGUCCUCAAAAACCGCAAGAAUGUGGGCUAUCACAUCGUCUACAAGGAGGGUCAGUUCUACCCAGUCAACCUGGUGCGUAAUGUGGCGCUUCGCAACGUCAACACACCCUAUGUUUUCCUGACCGAUGUUGACUUUCUGCCCAUGUACGGCCUCUAUGAUUACCUCAGAAAAAGUAUAGUCCAGCUGGACAUGGCCAAUACCAAGAAGGCUCUGGUUGUGCCUGCCUUUGAGACGUUGAGAUAUCGCCUUUCCUUCCCCAAAUCCAAAGCAGAGCUGCUGUCUAUGCUGGACAUGGGGACUCUCUACACCUUCAGGUAUCAUGUCUGGACAAAGGGUCACGCGCCAACCAAUUAUGCCAAAUGGAGAACAGCCACGACACCAUACAAGGUGGAGUGGGAGGCGGAUUUUGAGCCGUAUGUUGUCGUGCGCAGAGACUGUCCCGAGUAUGACCAGAGAUUUGUUGGCUUUGGCUGGAACAAAGUUUCCCAUAUCAUGGAGCUUGAUGCUCAGGAGUACGAUCUUAUUGUGUUACCAAAUGCCUUCAUGAUCCACAUGCCCCAUGCGCCCAGCUUUGACAUCUCCAAGUUUCGCUCCAGUCCGAGUUACCGCUUCUGCUUGACUACACUGAAGGACGAAUUCCACCAAGACCUUUCUCGAAAGUAUGGAUCCACCGCUCUUAAGUACCUCACUGCACAGAGGAACAUCUGAAAGCUAAUUCACAUGGACUUCAGCACACCCGAGAACGGCUUGGAUUAGUCGAUCGGCCGAGGCUCAAAAAUGCCCACACGCUGCUCUGCUACCACGUCUAGAGGUACGAAGCUGCCCUGCUAAAAACCAGAGCUUUAAUUCUUCUUUUGUUUUUGAUAAGUCAUACAGCGGAGAACUGUGAAAACCAAUGACUUCAGCAGCAAAAUCCAUCUCAAGACUGGUGGCGACCAAACAUUUCAAGCGGACAUUGGUGUACGUUUGUGAUUAUUCACUUUCUAAAAUGAACUUUUUUUUGUUGACAAUCAGGGCUUUUUUUCUUCACUAAAGAUCUACGGCUAGUGGUCCAUGGCGCUACGCAGCUUUGAAGCAUUCGAUGAGAAACGAACGAGCUUUCCAAAGACUCUUCUGCUGGACUGAAGGUUGAGGAGGCCAUCAAGACGGGGGACUUUUAAAGCCUUAUAAUUUCCUUGAUAUUUAAAAUAUUGAAUUUUCCUUGUUUUUAACGUCGACAAAGCGGUUUAAGAACAACGACCUACAGCCUACAUGCGUUUUAUGAUAUACGAGAGAAAAUGCUUUUAUUUUUUAAUUUCGAAACGCGGAUUUGCUUGUAGCGAAAGAGGUCGAUUUGUAUGGUUAUCGGAUGUUGGAAGGUCACAAGAAAUGAUCAGUGUGCAAAACUCAACACAGGCUCAUUGUGAAAACGUACCACUGUAUACAUUUCUGAAGAGCGUGAAAUAUGUAGCCAGAGUUAUGUAUGGCUGCAUUUCGUCUUUUAAAUUAACUAUAGGGAGAGGUAUGGCGCUGCUGAUGGCUCGCUGUUUACGUCACUGGACUUGAGACGCAAAGAGGAGUUAACCGUGACGACAGGGUUUGAGUCUGGUGAAGAACAGUUCCAAAAACAAGGUAAAACAAUAGGCAAAAAUUAAAAUAGACAAGUAAAUGCCAGGGUGAGAACGUGGUAAGAUCUGAACUUGGUAAAAAUGAGGCAAGGGCCUUGCUUUUUCUACAUUGCUUUUGCAAACUUUGUCGGUUGGGUUUAGGGUAGGGGGUGAUCGGGUCAAUCAAGGGGUGAUUAGAAGGUCAUGAUGAACAGAGGCCAGUGGGCAAAUUUGGCCAGGAUGCUGGGGUUUAACCCCUACUCUAUUUCGAAGGACAUCCUGGGGUUUUUAACGACCACAGAGAGUCAGGACCUUGGUUUAACGUCUUACCUGAAAGAAAGUGCUCACUGAGCAGUAUAGAGUCCCCUUCACUAUACUGGAGCAUUAGGACUCACAGGUUGACCGCCCCCUGCUGGUCUCACUAACACCACUUCCAGCAGCAACCUAGCUUUCCCAUGUGGUCUUCCCUCCAGGUACUGACCAGGCGCAGCUCUGCUUAGCUUCAGUGGGUGACCGUGUGAGAGUUGCAGAGAGCUAGCUGCCAGCUCUGUCAGGUUUAGGGAAGGGGUGAUUUGGUCAAUCAGUGUUGUAAAGAACACUUUUGAUUUGGUUUAGAGAAGGGGUGGUCAGGUCAAUCGGUAUAUUUGAAAACACUGCCAGUUGGGUUUAGGCAAGGGGUGAUUGGGCCAAUCGAUGCUUUUGAAAACACUAUCAGUUGGGUUUAGGUAAGGGGUGAUCAGGUCAGUCUGUGCUUUUGAAAACACCAUCGGUUGGGUUUAGGGAAAGGGUGGUCAGGUAUAUCGGUGUAUAUGAAAACACUAUCGGUUGGGUUUAGGGCAGAGGUGAUUGGGUCAAUCUGUGUAUUUGAAAACACUAUCGGUUGGGUUUAGAGAAGGGGUGGUUAGGUCAAUCGGUGUAUAUGAAAACACUAUCGGUUGGGUUUAGGGAAGAGGUGAUCGGGUUUUUGAAAACUCAGAGUUUUUGAAAACUCUAUGGGUUGGGUUUAGUGAAGGGGGUGGCCUGGGUAAUCGGUCGGUCGGUUGGUCGGUCGGUCAGUCAGUCGACAGCGGACUCGUGGUGGAUUCACGUGAGAACAGCAGGCACGAAUGGCACUCGCGGGAGAAUUAUGAGACUGAAAAAGUGUACACAGUGACCUCUAAUGGAUUUGCGAAAACAAAAACUGCAAAAAAAAAAAAAUCUUACUUCCUGGGACUUAUUUCUCGAUCUCCAGAAAUGUAUAUAGUGGUACAUAUCAAUAAUGAGCCUGGGUUGGCAAAACUGCUGCAUUUAUUAUUGUCACAUAAAGUGAAUUAUGACAUGCUUAAACAUUCUGUAUCAUAAGACACUUUCCUGCCCUGAACUCACUUUUUGCUUUUGUUUUCACUUCUAAAAAUUUGCACUACAUGCUAAAACACAACUGAUUAUAGUAUGAUUAUAUGUGCAUUUGCAUUGAGAUCCACUCAAGGGACCAUGAACAGCUGGGGCAUCCACUGAAGUUUCUCAAGGACUGAAUAUUUGUUGUCGGUGAUUUAAAAAAAAAAAAACAUACUUCCAAUAUUUAUGGUGUAAAACGUCAAGUCACAUUCUGGUCAAAAAGUUGAAAUGAUAAUCCAGUGUCCAAUUCUGCACUCACACAAGAUGUAUAUGUAUUUUAAAAAAGAGAGGAAUCUCGAAAGGUUUCAUUGUACAAGUCGCUGCUGUUUCUCCAACGUGUCCCGACUUUAUAAAGUCUAACAAUCUUGCAGGUCAUAUUAAGUUCACUGUUCAUACGCCACUCAUGCCCUUCCGCUCCAUCAGACUGCAGAUUUACGGUAAAUACCCGUGCCUUUGCUGUGUUGCGAAAAACUGGAUAUUGAUUGUACUACUGUACGCAUCAGCGGGGCCUGCAAGAAUACAGGUACUCUAUUUAUUAUUGUUGACUUAAAUCAAUCAUAUUUUUCUAUGUAGGGGACAAAGUGCUUUAAAUAAAUUCUCCCUGUUUCUAUA